CACUGCAACAGCCAGGAAACUGAGGCAAUUAAACAUGACGUUACCUUUCUAGACAGAGCAGUAAGCCUCUCUAUUCGAAAUCAGGCUUGAAAAAGAGGCUCUUCAAGCACACGGCUGGGCAUCUGGCAACAAAGAGAUACCUUCAUAGGCUUUCAGCUCAUUCGAGCUGGAGGAGGGGGAGGCGCAAUGUUGCCACCACAUUCUCUUCUCCCAACUAGGAUGCUUCUGCGGUCGCUAUUGGUAGCUGGGAUCACUAGCCACCCAAUGCUUCUCGCUCCAGGAUUAGCGACUCUGAAAUUCCUGUCCAAGCCCCGAGGCCCUUUGUUUAACGUUGAAAGAAAUCCACUGCUGCAUAGCAUCGUGAAAAACGUCCUCUACAACCACUUUUGCGCUGGUGAGAAUGCCAGCGAAGUUAAGGCUACAAUACAAAACAUAAAAAAUAUGGGAUUCCGCGGGGUUAUUCUUACCUAUGCAAAAGAGGGCCCUGGGAAAACCGAUGAGAAAGACCAAGCCGAUUCCAAAUCACAACAAGUCGACCCUGAGAUUGAAACAUGGCACCAAGGUGUUUUGCAGACAGUCCAAAUGAUUGGCGAUGGAGACUUUUUAGCAUUAAAGUUGACCGGGGCCGGUGCGGCUGUGACAACGGCGCUGUCUCACGGUAAACCUCUUCCCACCCAGAUGGAGAGCGCAUUGGUAGCUCUCUGCGACGAAGCUAUUCGCCGACGUGUAAACAUUUUUUUAGACGCAGAACAGCACCAUGUUCAGCCUGGAAUUGAUAAAGUCGCUCUCGAUCUGAUGCGCCGCUACAAUCGGGGUGACAUGGCGGUGGUAUUCAACACCUAUCAGGCCUAUCUGAAGUCGACAUCGGGAACCCUUCUUGAUCACUUACACUGUGCGAAACAAGAAGGAUUCAUAAUUGGCAUAAAGCUGGUUCGUGGUGCAUAUAUGAGCACAGAGCCUCGCCAUCUUAUCCACGAUACCAAGGCAGAGACAGAUGCUUCGUACGAUCUCAUUGCAGAAAGUCUCAUCCAAGGCCAAUCGACCGCCUGGAAACAAGAUGAAUCUUUCACUUCUCCGAGACUACAGCUGUUUUUGGCAACUCAUAAUCGCGCUAGCACUCUGAAGGCUCAAGAGCUGCAACAGUCUCGCACAAACGCCGGACUGCCGCGCAUUCAGGUUCAAUACGGCCAGCUACUGGGGAUGGCAGAUGAAGUAAGCUUUACACUUCUUCAGCGAAACAAACAAGAUAUCGAAAGCCAAGGGUCCGUAAGUGAGGUAUACAAAUGCCUUACUUGGGGGACAAUUGGGGACUGUAUUUUUUAUCUCUUACGGCGUGCCAACGAGAACAAAGAUGCUGUGUCCAGAACAUUGGCCGAAUACCAAGCGCUGAGGAGAGAGGUGGUUAGAAGAGUCAAGAGCGUGUUCUCAUUUUAAACAUGGCACUCGAAAUUGACACUUUAGUUCCUUGGCUACUAGAUCAACCUGUAUACUCAUGAUACACAGAUGGUUAAAUACAGCUCAAAUUAAGGAUCAUGAUGGUAGGAUCCAAUAGCCAUGUCUCCAUUUCAUGACGUGCUUUGACUAAAUUAUACACCUCACUGCAUCUCAACAACCUUGCUGUGUUGGGCCAAAUUCCUCAUUGUGCCUGGGGAUCUUUCUGUCUGCGCCUUGCUUCAUAAGAUUUCCACCAAGUCGCCGAGUUUGCCCACAAUGCUGGAAAUAUCACGGAUGCGAAUUAGCAUAAAUCCAAUGAUGGGGUCCGUUUGAGUGUGGAUGUGGAAAGAGGGAUUUUGGAAGAAGCUCGAGGAGAAGAUAACUUACCCAUAGCGAAUAAAGUC